CCACAAAAUAUCAAACGUUGAAGGCGGCUACGUCCUGACGCUCUACGCCGUCCCCAGCAGCCUGACAGAGCCGGACUUCAGCCUGAAAAAUCCAAGCUUGUAUGGCACACUUGCGGCCGAACUGCUAAAUGAGGUAACUGAGAGUUUUUCCGACCCUUCAACCACCUGCCAGAGAAGGACAUGACCCGCCCCACUGUCCAGAAGCAACCCACCACCAACCCUGCGUCCCACCGAGAGUAUGGACGUGGGCCAGGCCAUUGCGAGCGUGCUGUCGAAGACGGGCAGGACAACCUUCCUACAGAUGUACGCCCAUCCAUUGCAACCAUCCUUUCAAACAUCAGGGCAGUGCAGUGCUGGUCACUUGCGGCUUGAGCCACCCAGACUCCAAGGCUUCCCUUACCAGCAGGGCGCUCUCUUACCUGGUGCAUGUCCGGGACUUGACGCUUUGCCCCUAUGACUUUGACCCGACAGAGGUUUUUUUUUUUUUUUUUUUUUCUUCUUUUAAAGUGGACCUGUCUGCUCUGCAAAAGCUCUUCCAGGACCAUGUGCUGCCGGUGCCCCUCUGGAGCUGGACGUACUCUACAAGCUGUCCCACAGACAGGCACCUUUAUCCUGGCUGCACGUGGGAGUGGUCACGCAGCUGGCCCAAGAGGUGCAAUCAGUGUGAGCCACAGGAAGUCAGAGGGAGGAGAGCCACAUGAGGCAGCAGCAGCUGCGUUUCACAGAGGAGAUCUCGAUCUUCGAGAGAGCAGGUCAGGAGAGGAUGGAGGGCGAGGAGGCUCCAAGCCACAGGCCCAGACUGGGCCCAGAACUGAGCUGGACGUACUCUACAAGCUGUCCCACAGACGGAGGAGGAGGAGGAGCAGGAGGAGGGGAAAAAGACGCCGACGCCGUACUAGGGGAACAGGAGGAGGAGGAGGAGGAGGAGGAGGAGGAGGAGAGAGGAGGAAGAGGGGCUCCUUCAGACAGACCCAGAGAACCAAAAGUGGCAGAUUGAGACGAUGUCGGCCCGGCGCCUCGCCAAUUCUCUGCCCCGCACCGGACGCAGACUUCACCCCCGUGGCCUCAGACAACACCAAAGCUCUCCUGAGGGAGGUCGGCAAUCACAGAGACUUUGGCCAAUUCCUUCAUGCCGACUUUCACUGGACCGCACCCUGCACCAGCCUCGCCAAUCCCCACUGCGUCCGGUAUACGUUUGAUGUCGACGGCGUCAUGAUCCAGUUGCGUCACACGAGGGGCAUGGUUGCAGAGAUCUAUUUGAACCUGUCCCGUGUGGUUGCCACGCUGCAGCCCAGAAGGCGUGGCGGCACUUAGAAAUUGCCUGGGCCACAAAAUAUCAAACGUUGAAGGCGGCUACGUCCUGACGC